AAUUAAAUAUAUUGAAUAUAAUUAAAUAUUUCUUUCAAUUUUUAAAAAAUUUACAAUUUUGUAGUGUCAUACAAAAUGAAGUGGUUAGUUUUUAAUAUUAUAUUAAUAAUUCGAAAUUAUGUAAUAUCUUGUCAGGAUAUUGUUUUUCCAAGUGAUGAAGAAACAUAUCACGUAAACAGCAACACUGAGACGAUAACAGAACAUAAUUCAAUAUUUAUACCAGACUCAUGUUCCAAAAAUAUGCUUCUUUAUCCUGGACCUGGAAAUAUAAGGAUAUGUGAUUGUAAACCUGGAUUUCUAUAUUUUCCAUUGAAUAAUAGUUGUCAUGAAGCAUAUAGACAAGGACCAUGUGCAUCACAACAUUAUGUUGUGCUUCCUAAAAAUGAAAUUAUAGCAAAAUGUAUAAGAAAUCCUUGCCUGCAGGAUGGUAUAGUACAAUAUAAUAACACAUGUUAUUUUUUAAGAACUACAGGUGGACCCUGUGCUCCUAAUAAAGUAAUAGAUGUAAAUACAAUUACAUUUGAAUUAGAAUGUAUAUCAGAAAUUGAACCAUUUAUAAUAAUCGAAAUACCUAAACAAUGUCCUGUUGGAAGUCGUAGAGAUAUACUUGGAAUAUGCAAAAAAAUAAGAAAUAUUCCUAAUUAAUAAAUCUGUAAUAAAUUUUUAUUUUUUAUAUAAAAAGAUAUUUAUUCAUUUGAGUUUUUUUAUAUAAUAAAUUUUGAUAUACUUUUAUAAUAAUGAUAUAAUAAUGUAUUAACAUAUUUACAAAAUAUUAUUAUUAUUAUAUUUAUGAGUUAUUAUUAUAUUUAUAUUUGCUUAUAACAUAAAAUUUUUAUUUUGCAUAUUCAUAAGAUGUGAUUUCAAAUAUCUAUAAUCAUAAUAUCAAUUUACAUCAUUAUGCUAUAUUUUUUAAUAUAUUUUUUUUAUAAAUGUAUAACUAUUAUAAUUUAUAUUGUUCUGACAUAUUAUAUACAAUUAGAUAAAAAUAUUAUACACUAAUAUAAUAAAAUAUUAUAUUAAAUAUAUAUCAUUAAUAUUAUUUAAAUUAAAUAUAUAUUAAUUUUAAAUUAAAGAUACUGAAUUUAAAUUCUAAUACUAUGUUAGAUAACUAUACUAGUUAUAGACUAUAAAUUGUAGUUUUAUACAGUCUUGAUAUGUAUAAAGAUAAAAAUGUAUACAAUAAAUUAUUUCUUUUAAUCACAAA